UCGGUGGAAGCACAGGCAGGAGGAGCUCCCUUGCGCUACACGUUCUGCGAAUGCUACCGUGCUGGAAUGGUCAGCACACUGGACUUGCAACCCAAAGGUCACUGGUUUCAUCUCCUGGCGUGGCAGUGGAAACAAAGAGCAGGUUCUUUUUUUCCCCUGCCUCUGCGCGUCUACCGGUAUAAAUUGCUACACCACAAUUCAUCGGCAGGUCGCUUGUGGUCGGUUUAAUCGUGGGAAUUUCCACCUCUUCCCAAGACCUCUGGCCAGCGUGGAAUGUUAGGCCAAAAUACCAUCGAGUCCCCUCUAGUUGAAGCCCUUCUGCUAGCAGUGGCCUGAGCAACCACUCCAGAGCUGAACCUGUACUAUUAUCACCGUGACCACAAUUGCAUUGUAUUGCUACACGUACAAGAAAUAAACUCAAUAGUGAAAGAAAGCGGUGAAAUUAAAAAAAGGGGGGUGGAGUGGUGGCGGAGUGGUUAGCACACUCCCCUUGGAAACUGGUGAUCCAACCCGCACUGACCAUCACAGUAAAACAACAAAGCAACCACCAUGACUGACAUGGGGUGUAGCAAGGCCACAGCAGGGGAUUAACAAAGGGCUGUAUUUUGUGUAUUAGUAUUGCUUCAUGUAAGUAAGAUGGAUCAUAUCGUAAAGCAGCGAAUGUGGCUAUUUUAUUAUAGCUGUAAUGGGAGUUGUGUUUUCAUUGUUUUUGACAAAGGGCUGUAUUUUAUGUAUUGCUUUAUUCUAAGUAAGAUGGAUCACAUUGUAUAGCAGCGUAUGUGGCUCUUCACUUCUAUCUGUAAUGGGAGUUGUGCUUUCAUUUUAAGUGGAUAAAAACAAUGUAACUUAAGCCAAACACUUCGGCGCUAAACAUUCAAAACAUUGCUCUUGUGAGGGGCAGCGAUAGGGCUUACUCCAGAUUUCCAUGACAACAGUUGCUCAUUGAACCCUUGCUAAGGUGGAGUAUUAUUUUUGAAUACAUACCACAUUGCACGAGUCUUCCUCUCAGCAAGAAAAAAAGCUGUGCUUCUUUACUGAGUAGUUUUAAAAUGAGAUUUAAAUAAAGUCUACUUUUUAUCCCAGUGCUAUGCCCUUGCUAAGCCUAGAUGACAAACAAAUCAUGUUUUUUGGUGUUUUGUCAUUCUGAAGAAGGUCGAUUGCAAUGUAUGCCCCUUGCUAGAGCCUCAAGGGGUAAAGUUGUGUUUUCAUAAACUCUGUUUUACACUAACCAGGCACGUGCUCAACGUUGAGCUAUUGUGUGGAUUAAUUUACGGCAAGAUAUGGCUCAGUUACUCAGUGACAGGAAGGAGUUGUACUUUAGAGGUCUGUUUGUCGGGCAGUGCGGCACAAUUUGUUCAGUCGAAGAAGUGAGCAUGACACAAGCCAGACGUGUGGGAUUGUUUGAAAACUUUUGGUACAUGGACCGCAAGUGUACCUUGUUUUAUCAACUUUUAAAGAAGUGCAUACAUACAGUACUGUGUUAAAGAGGUAUGUACACUGUUUUAAUUAUAUUAUUUUGUAUGACAAUAUGCCCUCUCAUUGCUAGGUUUGCUAGCAAUGAGAGGGGCUUCAAGAGAUAAUAUGAGUACAAUAUUUAUUGUUUUCAUUACCUCUGUAAACAGCAAAGCAUGGCAGAUUGAUUUUAAUAAAGAUUAAUGCAUAACACUAGCUGUAAUAGACUGUUCUAAUUGUAAUUCCUGAAGGAUGAACACAUCAAGUUUACUGGGUUUUAAAUACAAAUCAAGUAAAGUUUUAUUUUAUUAUACUGUUUACAUUUUUAACACUAGAUGGUCAUAUUUUAGUAAUAGAGUUUUCUUUAAUUAGAAAAUAUACAGAUUCCUAUACUGUCUUAAAGUAUACGAAACAACACAUUUUUGCUUUGUUGAUAAUGUAGCAGUGAUUUUUAAUACCAAAUUUUGAAAGUAAAGCAGACUUUUAUAUUGUCGUAUAAUCGCUGUACCAAUGUAUUAACUAAAAAUAUGUCCUCGUAAUUUUAACUUUGUAAGAAUGGUGUACUGCUCUACAUUAGUAUUAACAGUGCGUCAGUGAUAACUGCAGAAUUUGUUUCAGGCCUCAUUUCAAUGCUGUACAAUCAGUUUGCGCAUUUUACUUCAGGUUAUAAAGAAGUGCAACAGUAAAGUGUUGGCAAAGAAGAUUCCUUUUUUGUUCUGGGAGUUUUCACAAUGUAAUACUCAUUCCUUUGUUUAUAAUGGGGAUUAUCUGAAAUUAAUCAACGCGUGAAAGCAGUCUUAAAUAUUAGAAGCGUGCAAGUUAGCACACGCAAAUCCAGCACAAGUCAAAGAUGGAUUUACCACCUGACAAAGUAAACCAAUCGUUCUAUGGAACAGGCCGCAAAGCCUCCCGUUUGGGUCAACUGCGUCUUCCUAGAAAGUUGUCACCUGAGAAGUUUGCGCCCGUGAAAGACAAGGCAGAUGAAGGUGCAGGGGAAAAACUAUUUGACUUCCGCGCAAGUGUCCUUGUGUCAAAAGACGUAGAAUAUGCACGUGCGACGCAGGUCACAAAGGCUGAUAUGUAUAGUGGUCUGAAAUAUGAACGAGAAUCAAAACUGGAGAACAAAUAUUUAAACCCAUCUAUGGACGUGAAGCUCAGCCAACAAAGUGAUGCCGGUUUGUCUUCGUUAGCACAAAUCAAAACUGAAUCAUACAGCAUUUACAAGAGUCCUCCACACAAGGAUAAAAGUGGAAACGCUGGCCAGAGCGGACUGCAGCAGAUACAACUGAAUACGACUUUGCAAAGAGAAGCUGAUGAUGAACAAUCCGAUAUUGAAUGUGCACAGACACACGAAGAUGAUAAAAACAACAGGAGUGAAUUUUUACAAUCAAAACGUAUUGCACAUACCUCAAUGGAAAACAGUGCAAGUUUAAAGAUUAGAGACCGUGGCAGAGACACAGACGUUUACAGGAAUUUCGAUAAACAAUUUAAUCGGAAAGAUGCCUCAUUCUUGCCAAAAACAUUUUAUUCAUCGUCUCUUGAUGAGCACACGGAGAUGAUGACAGGCCAUACCCCUAGCAUCCGAACGACCGUAGAGAUGGAAAAUAGUGUGGCGUCGCCAUUAAAAAAUGAGGAUGGAGGCCUUUUUUUAAGACACAACUUUGCACAAAAAAAGACCGAUCAGCCUUUCAGCGCUUCGGUUGACCACAGGCCAGUGAUGGAGCACCGAGUCGUCACAAACGACUUGCCAACGUCAAAGGUUGACGCGUUACCGUCACGCGACAGCUUGCAGGAAUCUGAUUUAGAUGACGGCGGUCAACAUUUUGAAAGCAUGUUUGAUCUUGGUCGUGUUCAGAAGAAACGAAACCGCACAUAUGAAAGUAAAACCAUUCAUUUUAAGGCUUCAUAUUCAAACGAUGAUUCUCCGAAACGGGAUUUACAUGACAGAAAUGAAGAGUUGACAUACGCCGGUGAUCUCUCAGCUGAAAAGCAAACGUGCAUACAGAGCUACCCAAUGUCACUGCCAAAGAGUGAGAACUCUCCAGACACUGAUGUGGAUAACAGUAAUGCAGGAUUGGGUAAUAAUGGUGAUCAAUCAGUUGCUUCAAAGAGCCAAACCUACACACCCAAGUGCCCGAGUGCACACUCCGAGUUAAGCCCUCCAGAAGAGAGAUGUUCAGACUCUGAUUUAGAUGAGAGUAAUAAACAGUCGAGUAACAAGGGCGAUGAUCCAGUUGUUUUACAAAGCCAGCAAUGCACACUCAGUUACCGUAAAGAAAUUUCUGGGUUAUUUCCUUUACAUGGGAGCUGUGCAGACUCUGAUUUAGAUGACAGUAAUGGAGGGUUGUGUAGCAAUGUUGAUUAUAAAGCCCCUUUGGAGAACUUUGCCAAAGCGCAUGACUUUCCAAACCCAAACUCUAUGUUAUUACUUAAAAAUGAUAAGUUUCCAGGUAUUAUUUUAGAUGGCGGUCAUGAACACUUGCACGUCAAGUGUGGUCACACAUCAUUGCAUAACAACUUAAGACAUGAUGUAAAAAAUUUAAAUCAUAAGCUGCUACAUUCAGAUGAUGACUUUGAAUAUUCUGAAGCUUAUAACAGUCAAAAUUAUGAGCAGCUGCAUAACAUUAAUGAUCAUACGUGCCUCUUAGAUAAGUCGAUGUGUACAAGGCAUUUUGAAAAAAUAAUUUCUGCAUCAACUCACAUAAGUGAGGGCUCUUCAUGUUCUGAUUUAGAUAGCAACAACAAGAACUUGAAUAAGGCUAUCCGUAAACAACAAACAGAGAAUCAGAUUGACACUCAAGGGUCGCCAAGUAGAUCAUACACACCGCCAGGUUCAUAUUCAGUUGAUCACCCACAUGGACUGUGUAAGGGUAGUGGCGAGUUAAUUAACACGAUUGAUCAGACACUUGAUCUGGAAAAGAAAAAAGAAUUUCUAUUAAUUACCCCCAAUGCAGGAUAUUCAUUUGACAAUACGUCACAUAAUUUGGAUGAUGACAAUGAAUCACUUAGUAUCACAGACUCAGAAUGUUUGGAUAGACCAGGAAUUCAGGAUGAUGGUCCCAUUUUUAAAACAGUGAUUUCUGACAGGCACUCAGAUGAAUCACCUGAAGGGACAGAAUAUUCUAGAGAUUCUAAAGUGAAUUUGCCACCACGGAGAAAACGGACACAAUCUCCAAGCACCAGACUUAUGGAAAGUGAGAGAAAACAUUCAUCUCGUGCUGAGCAUUCGCAUGCAACGAAGAAUGAACUCUCAAUUUCUACGCCAGAUGAUUGUGCCUCUUGUCGAUGUAAGAACUACACAUUGAAAGCAUUACAUAAAUUGAUCGCAGGAAACCUCGAAUCAGACGAAUCUGGGAAUGAGUUAACCUGUUUAGAAUUUUCCAAUGGCCAAGAAAUUGCAAAUGAGACCGAGCUCAAUGGUGAGGAUGCGCAUUCAAAGACAGCAUCAACAGGUGAGAAAGAGUGGUGUUCAAAAAGCAACAGACAUAUAAAAAGCUGAAUUCAACUCAAGUGGAUUCAUUGCAUAUGGUUGAGAGAGUGUCUCAUACAGAGCUGAUGUUGAGACUGACGGCGGCAUGGAAAAACUCCGGAGAGCUGCACGAGGCGUGCCAAGAGAGACUGCGGGACAAUCUGCGCCUGAUGGAGAGUGAGCCCGCUGAGCUGACGGCACUCUUCCACGAGUUGUCAGUGCGUCUCCUCUCCAUCCACAGCGACUCAGACUCCAUAGCCAUCACGUUCAACACAGCAGAGGAACUCGGGAAAUUCACAAAUUACUACUCCCUGGGGCUCGUGAGUGAGUGCCUGAAAAUUGCUCUGCUGAGCGACGCUGUCUGGCUCAUGGAUCCCUGUGAAGACCAAGUCACGGUACAAAUUGACAUGAACGAUGAGAGCAUGAGGAAGAUGCACCUCAGCCUUCUCCUUCAGGAAGGUAGGUUUCACGUGCGUGCUUGGAAGUCGUCCGCGAAGGCGUCGGGGGAGGAGUUGGCGUUGGCGGAGGGAGAGGUGCUCCUGGUGGAGCGAGCGCAGGGCACGGGGGCGUGGUGGACAGGGCGAGCCGUCUCCUCCACCAAGCAGGGCCUCAUCCCGAGGUCGGCGGUGGAGCCACUGCAGCACUUUCACCAGUGGUUCUUGAAAAGUAAUUCAAUCUCAGACUGUCUCAAGCACAAGUCAUCAUUGUCAGAAAAUGGCAAAAUUGGGAUGGGGUCAUGUGUGGCAACCACAGACUACAAGGCGGAGUGUGGAGAUGAAUUGAGCUUUAAGCAGGGCGAUCACAUUGAGGUGGAGGGCCUGUUCAUCCCGGGCUUGCAUUGGUUCAUGGGAAAGGUCACUUCUACAGAGCGAGUGGGCUUUGUUCGGAUGAGCUGUAUACGACCCGACCAAAUCACAGACACGUCAGUACUGAAAGGUGCAUUUCUUCACAGAUCUGAGAGGUUUCAUCGCAGUGGCCUGGAUGAGUGCACAGCGCGGCAUUGUUACGAAUUCCUGUCACGGUUGACCGGAACUGACAUCAGCACAGUCUACAGGAUAUAUCGAGAAUCUCAUUCUGAUGUAGAAACAGACCUCAACAAACCAGAUCCUGUUGUCAAAAGCAUGAGAUCUUGCAGUCAAGAUACAAAGGAAUCAUUUGAAUUCGAAACAAUCCUCAAGCUUGGUCUCAAUGACCACGUUUUGGAGAAUACUUUUCCCCACGAGAAAUUCAAAGAUGCAAAUGUGGCAGAGGAGCCUCAACUUUGGUUCUCAGUGGAACUUACAAAAUGCGGUGACGAUUCAGACAACGAAAACUGGUCGACAAACAGUGAGAGCCUAAUCCAAUUCCUGCUGUUUCUAAAUACGCCCGAGUACAGGAGAGAGUUUGCAGUGCUCUACAGGGAAGACAGCCCUUUCCUUUACUCGCUGUUGAGAGGCCACACCGAUGACACGGAGUUGGUACGCUUUCUUGAGCUUGCCCGUGAGAUGGCCAAGAAGGGAGGCAUGCAGUGGGCUCAGAGCCGAGCCUGUUUCCUCUUGGGCCGAGCUUGCUCCAGGCAAGGGAAGUUCUCCCAAGCCCGCGUUUACUACGAGGAGUCACUUAGCAUGACAGAUGGAGAUUUCCCGGAUAUGUUUCUCAUGGCUGCACUCUACACAAACCUGACCUCAAUGUACCUCAAAGUGAUGAACAAAGAAAAGGCGACAGCGAUGAUGGAAAAGACGGCAAUUCUCCUGGUAUGCCUCCCAGGAAAAUGCACUGGGUCAUCUUCAGCGCAGGACAUCCUUAAACACCUUCUCAGCAAAGUGAUCUUUCAGAAUGACUUGCGCUUGGAAGGAAGGAUCUGUUUUCUCAUCGCCGAAUCUUUGCUCAACCUGAAUAGAGCUGACGAGGCACUGCCUUACAUAGAACGACUUCAAGAUCUUACAAAUCAUUUCCAGCAGUUGAGCAAUAAACACACCUCAUCCUAUUACUUUCUCCUCAACCGUUUGUACGCCACAAGCUUCCUGAGGCUAUCUUUUGGCAGCAUGAUGCGUGCCUGCGACUGUGACCAGAUGACAAUCACUGAGUGCAUCAGAUGUGUGGAACUCAUUGUGAAAAGCGAGGGAACGAUAAAGAACAGACAGGCGCGUCGCACCACAAUGUCACCGCUGUGCGCGCCGUUCCUUUACAAGGCUCUGCAAAAGCCCCUUGAGGAAGAACACAAAUAUCUUCACAAUUCCGUUCACAAUUACGCCCAUCUCAGUCUCGCUGAACUCUACCUGCAACAGCACCAAGUUAACGACGCCGUGUGUCACCUCAACAAAGUCAAUGCGGUCAGAGUGGUCUCUUCAGCAGGAGAAGCAGCAGCGGCAUUCUUGCUCAAGCUCGCCUGGAUGUACAUCAGGGUUGACUGUCUCCCCGUUGCUACACAAAUCCUCGAAAAUCCAGAACUUGGCUCCCAUUCCGCUGGCGUCAUACACAAUCUCCUGGGCAUAGUGCAUGCAAGACAUCACAACAUACCUAAGGCUGCAACACAUUUCCAAAGUGCCUUAGCGUUGGCUGAGAGUUGUGGUGAAGAAACAAAUGUGGCCAUCUGCUAUGGAAACUUGGGAUUCCUUGCAGUCAACGCCAAGGCUCAUCUCUUUGCUGAAAUUUGCUUUUUAAAGGCUGUACACAAAUACUUCGCAGCAAGUAACCGUGACCAUGAGGAGUGGUUUAAUCACGUUCUUGUCAAACUGGGACAAAAUUUCUACACUCGAGGAAAUCCCAGUGAAGGAUUACAGUGUUACGAAAUUGCACUUCUCAUCGCGUUGAAAGAAAAUGAUGUCAGAGGUCAGAUGCAUGUGACUGCACUCCUUUGCCAGCAUUAUUCAUCCCAAAAGAAUGACCUGCAAUGCAUCAUCUAUUAUGAACAUCAGCUCAACUUGGCUCGCAGUUCUCGUGACAAGCGGCUGGAGGGUGACAUGCUCCAAAUCCUGAGUCAGAUAUACCACGGAUUGGGAAAAUACAGGGAUUACAGAAAGGCUGUGAAGUACGUGAAACGCAGCCUGGCCAUUUUCAUUGACCUUCGGGAAAUGGAAAGGACAGCUGAGGCAUGGCUCCUAGCAGGGACCAUCUACAGCAAACUUGGCCAGAAUGAGAUUGUGGACCUGCAUCUACAGAUGGCAGUGGAGGUUGCCCUAACCCUGGGACAAGUUGAGUGUGCCCUGCAUGUCUAUGAAGCGGCUGGAGAUGUGUUCUUCAACAGCAAAAGGGAACCAGAAAAAGCCAUUGUUUUCUACGAGGACCACGCUCUGCCACUUGCCAGACACCUCGGAGACAAGCGGAGAGAGUUAAGGCUUUGCCACAAGCUGUCAGAGCUGCAUUGCCAGCUGGGAAAUCCUCAUCAAGUCACGAUGCAUAGCACCGACGCUCUGCAGUUAAGCGUGCAGCUUGGGGACGGCCUGAGCGAGAAGGUGACGUACCAUCGGCUGGGCUUGGCGUGCGUUCAACAGGCCCGCUUCCAGCUGGCCGAGCACCACUUCCUACGUGCGCUGUCGCUGUCCACCUCGUGCCGGCUCUCUCACGACGAGCUCUACUACUGCAUGCACGGCUGCCUAAGGCUCGGAGACUUGGCCUCCGACAAGCUCAGGACCACCGAAGACGCCCUUGCCUAUUACAACAUGGCCCUGUUGGCAGCGCUGGAGCUGGGCAACAAGCAGCUGCAGCUGAGGCUGUACGAGCGCCUGGCAUCCGUCUACCACAAUCAGGUGUUGGACCGGGUGCGCUCACUGCAUCUGUACCAGCAGGCGCGAGCCCUGGCCAACGAGCUCAACGUCAAGCGCAUCAAUCUGAGCCGGAAGCCAACAACGUCCAUGCCAUCGAAGCAACGCUUCUAGAGCCAUCACAGGUCAUGAUACACUGGGGUAAAAGAGUAAAGGUGCAGCGCAGCAAUGGCUUGCUCAUGAUGCUGCUGGCAGAAGGGGCUUCACUAGAGGGAAGUCUAGAAAGCCCUGCAAGAGGGUAUUUGGUCUACUCUUCCAUGCUGGCCAGACGUCUUGGAAGAGGUGGGAGUACCCGCACCUCCGAUUAGCCCCCGCACUUUCGCUUAACGUACAUAUCUACCCACACUAUACCCAACCACACACAAUCUGCCGAUCAAAUGUAGGGGAUCCAUUUAUUAUUUUUGUUGGACAGAGGCAGGGGGAUCAAACCGACAACCUCCGUAGUUUAAGUCCAGUGCGCUAACACAACUUUGGUAAAGUUACCAAAUUUCUGUGAAGCUCAGCCGGAAAACACGGGGAGCUUGGUCAGCUCCGCCCGUGUCUACAUAGCCACGCCCACUCGAGCGCCAUGAACUCCGCCCAGUGAGAGGGCCUCCUCGUGCUUUUGACAUUGGCCCUGCCAACUGUUACAUUGGCCCCAUUUACUACCUCUUAUCAACCCCACCCACUGCUCAUGUAGCCCCACCCUAUGCUUCCCGUAUCGUAAGUCGAACAUUUGACCAGAAAUAUUUCGACCGGGAGAAGAAAAAAAAAUCUAUAUUUUUGCAAAAGCUUUGGGAUACUUGAAAAGUAUUUCUUAAGCUGGGACCGUCUUGGCCAGACAAGGACGUUUCGGUAGUUUUUUACUGGAGACGUUCUUAGGUAAUUUUUGCCAAAAUUCGGCCCCAGCAAUGGUUACCACACAAUUUUAUUUGGUGAAAAUAUUAAGUUGCCAAAUUUGCUGCCCUCGGUGGAAAACUCGGAUUCACAUGGUCACUCAAAGGUGCAGUCAGAAAACACAGCUCUCACGAAACCGUAUUGUUUGGCUAACAGAACUCUGUUACUGUGCGAUUGCCUAAUCAGUAGGUAAUAGCUGCCCUUAUGCUUUGCAAGGGAAGAUUGCCAUGAAGGAUUGCCAAUACGUCGCCCGAGUGUAUCAUGGCCUUCAGGAUCAGUCACAAGGUUGUUGUUUUUAGACAAGAUGGGACAGUUGCCAUCAGACAACUGAAAGUGUGGGCCAGUGUUCUUCACAAUGUCGUUACUGUGUUUAAUAUAUUUUACAAGUCAUUUCACAUUCAAUUAAUCUCAUGUAAAGUUUAUGCAUUGAUUUAUGGUUGAAAAGAGUGAUAUUAGUAGAUAAUUAAAAUAUACAUGAUUAAAAAUGUAAUGUCAAAAUACGCAAAUACGAAAAAUUUUCAUUUUACAUAUUUGUACCGUUUUUUACUGUUUGCCUAUUGCACUGUGUAUAUAUUUCAAAUACUAAGAUAUUGUGGAAAAGAAACAUUUACGUCAAACAUGAUUUAUCAGGCAGAAUAAACAAAGAAUGUAUUUAUAUAUCUGCUGCUAUAUUUACACAAGCCAUUAUGAAAAUUGAAAUAUUAAGAUUGAUUUUUAUUCAAGCUACUGGCUAUUAGUAAGCAAAGCAAUUUAAAAGGUAUAUUUAUGCCAUUAAGUAUUGCACUGAUGUAUUCGAUGUAUGAUGAUUGUUAAUCAUGGUUUCUCGUGAGUCGCAUGAGAAGUUGAACUCUAUUUUAAUCGUGACAAUUAGCUUGCAAACAACUUGCUAUAUAACUGAGAUAUGUUUGUCAUCAGUACGACACUGUUCAUUGUUAACAUCGCUGUGUAUAUAACGUGACACUUAACAUGCGAUUGUCAAUUCAAAUAUGGCAGAACAAUGUAAAUGUGUACAUUUUCUCUUUGUGUGAUCAUUUGAAGCAUCCGAAUCACAACUCUUAUUUUUAUCGGGAUAGAUUUGUGGUGAUAAAAUAUUCACUUUAUGAAACACAUAGUAAAACAUAUGAAAAAACGAUAUAUUUUUUAUCGUUUUAACAAACAGCUAUGUUCUUGCUCCCGUGUAAUGGUAGCCAGCGUGAACGUCAUGCCGUCUAAUUCCUGUGCAGGAAACAUAAAACAAAAUUACAAUAUUAUAAAACAUUCCAUUCUUGCCAUAUAAAUCAAUAAAGCAAUGCCUCAGCAGCAUAUGUGUGUA